CCCUAAAUAUUCAAAAAUGGAUCAGGAUAUCCCCAAUACCAUUGCCGAAGAAGAAUCCAUGGAUGCUGAAGUGAACAAAUUGCUUAUAGAAGAAAAAAUGACUGGGACGAGCCCAACCAACAAGAAAUCCAGCAAAGCCCACAUCAAAACACUAAUUGCUGAAGAAAUGUCAAAAGAAGAUGAUCACGAAUGCCAGACUUCAGCAUUCCCUGCACAACUACAGCUAAUGCGUACUGAUUCCAUCCAUCAUUUGGAACCUUCAAAUGAUGGUUGCUUUGAAGAUAUGAGAGUAAAUGGCAAGAGUCCAAGAAUUGAUCCUAACCAAUAUAAUGCUAGUUCGGUUGUGCAAGCAAGCUGGUCCCAGACAUGCUAACGCCUCCUGAGACAGAUUUCUGCAGUAAACAUUGUGAGGUGUCUGGAACAAUGAAUGGUGUAAACAUUUUCGGGAGUAUUCAAAUUG